GGGCUGCAAAGCGGCAGAGGCAGUCCUGUUGGCAGAGUUAAAGGAGCAGGUCGUGGUGAGCGGAGUCGGUGUCGUCGGUGUCGCUGUCGCCGUGGUCAAGGCCGGCCUCCCUCUCUCCCGCCCUCUUUCGCAAGCCAAUUCUUGCUGCGCCACACAAGCCUGCCGCCGCCGCUAUGGCUCCGCUGACGGUGAAGGCCUACCUGCUGGGCAAGGAGGAGACGACCCGCGAGAUCCGCCGCUUCGCUCUCUUCUCGCCCGCCCGCUACCAGCCCAUUCGGGACAAGAUCGCCGAGCUCUUCCAGGGCUUGCUUCGCAAUGCCGCAGCUGCCACGGGCGCCUUUCAGAUGUACUAUAAAGAUGAAGAUGGAGAUAUGGUUGCUUUUUCCAGUGAUGAAGAACUGAAGCUGGCCUUGCCCUGUGCGAAAGACGGCAUUUUUCGUGUUUAUGUUAAAGAGAGAAAGGAACUGAAGCGUGAACAUCUGCACCGCCAGUCCUGCAGCCAGGAGCGUCCUCCAAAUGUGGUGCAUCCCAAUGUGAUCUGUGAUGGCUGUGAUGGCCCAGUUGUGGGUGCCAGGUUCAAAUGCACAGUUUGUCCAGACUAUGACCUGUGCAGCACUUGUGAGGGAAAAGGUACCCAUAAGGAACACAAAAUGAUCAUGUUUCCAAGUCCAUUGGCCCACCCACUUGAGUGGCUUCCUCGAGGUCGUUGGCUUCGUAAGAUGAAACAUGGUGUUACACCGCUUGCAUGGAUGCAGGCCUGGGGGCAAACUUGUCCUGCUCACCAGUGUCAAAACUCUGCCCAGGCACAAGCUAAUACCACUCCACAGAAUGCUGCUCCUGAGCAAGAAGAAGCCUCUAGCAAUCAGUCUCAGGAUCCCAAUGUCACCUUUCUGAAGAACGUUGGAGAAAGUGUUGCUGCAUUCCUGAGUCCACUUGGCAUUGAAGUUGAUAUUGAUGUGGAACAUGAGGGUCAAAGAAGUAAAGUGUCUCCCACACAACCUGACUCUGAGAAGAGCAGCUCCAAACCUAGCAGUUCUAGUGACCAGACCAAGCCAGAAGGAAGCGCCAAAGGCAAAACAGCUUCAGAUGCAAGUGAUUCUCUUACAGACCAGAUGCAGGAGAUGAUGGUAUAUUCUCCUCCUACACAGAUGGAAGAGGACAGCCUUUUGUCACAGGAUCCAGGUGAAUCUAGUAGUAGUUCAGCAGGAGAUGAGGACUGGACCCAUUUGUCUCCAAAAGAAGUAGAUCCUUCAACUGGUGAACUGCAGUCCUUACAAAUGCCAGAGACGGACGGCCCAAGUUCAAUGAAUCCAGUUGAUGGCCCAAGUUCUCUGAAUCCAGCUGAUGGCCCAAGUUCUCUGAAUCCAGCUGAUGGCCCAAGUUCUCUGAAUCCAGCUGAAGUUCCUGCUAACACUGGACCAACAGGAUUGCGAGAGGCUGCACAUUACCCUCAUCUUCCACCAGAAGCAGAUCCCCGUCUGAUUGAAUCUUUGUCCCAGAUGCUGUCUAUGGGAUUUUCUGAUGAAGGAGGCUGGCUCACUCAUCUGCUGCAUUCCAAGAAAUAUGACAUUGGGGCAGCACUGGAUACUAUCCAGUAUGCCAAGAACUCACGAGCUUCGAAAUAGCACCUGUGCAACUCAUAAUUCUUAAAGCAGAUUGAUAAAGCUGCUUCUUCUGUGUAGCCUACUUUUUAUAUAUCUCCCCCCCUCUCCUCACUGCAACAAGCUGACUGUAUUUCCAUGUUCAAUCCAUACUCUAAGAAUAAAGAUUCAUACUAACUUUUCAAACUUAA